GUCUAGCACAGACUUUUGUCCAACACAUCACUCUGCUGAACACCAGUCGUCUUCCCAAGAUUCAAGAGAAGUGGGGGCACAAAGUAUCUGCCCCUCACGCUUAAUGUCCCAAAGUUCAAACGGCACAUCAGUCAUUAACCAACAUGCCUAAAACGAACCUCCCCCUUUCAUUUGCUCUCAUCCUCUGUUUAUUUGCACUGGAAGCAUUGCACAGAGUCUGCAUACACUGGACUUGGCAUCCAUAAUUACAGGUGUCACUGAUGUUUGGUCUGUAGAGAUUUGUUUGUCGUAAAGAAAUCGUGUUGGUCUGUAUAUGUCGAUGUGGCUGUAUGUAUGAAUGUACAACAUAUGAGCUGUGGUGUUUGCUGAAUAAGAAUUGGAAUUGCACAAUAUUUAAACAUACUGCUGCAAUGUGUCUCUUCUGCAACCCUUAAGAUUAGGUUUGUGCAGGGAUCUAUAGUUCACCACUUUAGGUUUUAUCAAAACAACCUUUCUUAGCAUCUUCAACAAGUGUCCGAGCAGUAGAGAUGUUUUCUGUUCUUCGGCAACCAGCUUUGAGUCGUUUCAUAUCUGUGCGGCUCAAGAGCGUGGCUGCCUCACAGUCCCUGGCGGCAAAACGUGACCGAGACCUCUGUAACCCCUCAUCUCCUGACUUUCUGACAUUUGAGGAUCCUCAAGCAUUCAGGGUGAAGAGUUUCUGGGAACUGAUCCGAGCCCUCGGAGUCUUCAGGCUUUGCUCGUUCCCUGCGCUGGUUAACAACUGUGGUAAGCUGAUGACCAUUACAAGGAAGGUUUUGGGCAAGCAAUGUUUCUGCAUGGUCAUGCGCCCAUCUGUGUACGCUCAGUUUGUUGCCGGGGAAACAGAAGGUGAGAUUGCAGACUCCAUGCAGAAGAUGAGAUCGCUGGGGCUCCAUCCUAUGUUAGCUGUCCCCAUUGAAGAGGACCUGGGAGAGAGCACUGGGGAACGUCGAUAUGAAGACAACCUAGCGGCUAUGCUGGAGUGUGUCCACAUGUCUCACAGCAAAGGCUGGAGUAAAAAUCCCAUGAUGCAGCUGAAGAUCACCGCACUAGUCAGCCCUGAGCUGUGUUCUAAGCUGACGUCUCUACUAAAGACAGAACAGUAUGAUCUGAAUGAACUUGUGAGAGCCAUGGAGGGAGAGGAAGUCAUGUUUCCUGGUCUGACUGAGAGUGAAAACGCACACUUAUUAUUGGGCCUUCAGAGACUCAACAAAAUAGGAGAGGCGAGUGUUAAUAAAGUCCGUGUUCUGGUGGAUGCUGAGUACACUUACAUGAAUCCUGCCCUGUCACUCAUCACCACGGCAAUGAUGAAGAAGUUCAGUCAGCAAAGCGCCUGGAUCUGGAACACACAUCAGUGCUACCUUAAGGAAUCAAGGAAUCUGUUACUUGAUGCCAUUCAGACGUCCAUUGAUCAGUCUUUCUGUCUCGGUGUUAAACUCGUCAGAGGCGCUUACAUGGACAAAGAGAGAAAACUGGCUGAAAAAGAAGGGCGAACAGAUCCAAUCCAUGAAUCAUGGGAACGUACCAAUGACAGUUAUAAUGGAUGUCUAGAGAUCAUGCUGAACCUCAUUUCAGAGAAACCUGAUCGCUAUAUGAUAAUUGUUGCCACUCACAAUGAAGAAUCAGUCAGACGGGCAGUGACACGCAUGGAAGAGUUGGGGCUUCACAGAGACGGCAACUCUGUCUGUUUUGGUCAGCUGAUGGGCAUGUGUGACCAUGUAUCUCUUACUCUAGCCCAGCAUGGUUUCUCAGUGUAUAAGUCAGUGCCGUACGGCUCAGUGGACGAUACGCUGCCAUAUCUGGUGCGAAGGGCUCAGGAGAACCGCACUGUGCUCCAGGGAAUCCGUAAGGAAAGAGAUCUGCUCAGACAGGAGCUGCGACAUAGACUCAAAGAAAAGAUCACAAGGGCCAGAUAGAAAAUCCUUCUACGUUGAGGAUGAUUUAGGAUUAAAAUGAACAUGAAGUAAAAAUUAGCCUUUUCUUAAUGCAUGUUCCUGGUGUUACUGUGCACAAUUCAUCAGUGAAAAUUAUUCCAACGAAAAAAGUUUGCCUUUGUAACAUAUUAUUUGGAUUAAAUAAGACUUUUUAAUGUCUUUAAGAAGUUUCUUGUGCUCAAGGCUGCAUUUAUUUGGU